AUGUUAUUGGAGCUGUUGAUGGAACCACAUUCCUAUUCAGCAUCUGAGGACACAAUUUCAUCACUUUACAUACAUUAUUCUGGUCAACUACAACCUGGAAGUGUGCAUGAUGCUCAUGCUUUCAAACAGUCAGAUUUCUGGGAAGAGGUUAUGGAGGAUGUUAGGAAACAGUUUUCUGAUAAUACAAAUCUUCUUGGAGAUUCAGCAUUUCCACUCAUGCCUUGGUUAUUGGUGCUGUUUAAUAUUAAAGAAAGUGGAAGACAGAGGUUGACACAUGCUCAGAGAUGUUAUAAUAGAACACAUUCCUCUGCUCAUAUGACCAUCAAAAGAGCUUUUGGAAAGCUUAAGGCAUGA